CAUGCCUCUGGAGCAGUGUCUGGGUCGCAAAUACAAACUCGAGAAGACCGAAAACUUCGAUGAAUUCCUCAAGGCUUUCGGUGCGAGUUACCUAGUCCGGAAGAUGGUACAGGUGGCGACCCCAGUGGUGGAGUUGUCACGGGAUGGCGAAACGUACACAUUCACUUCUGUGUCUCCCUUCAAGACGAGUGUCCUCAAGUUCAAGUUGGGUGAGGAGUUUUCAGAGGAGCGCCACGACGGCGUCCAGGUGAAGUCAGUCAUCCAACUGCAGGACGACAGCACACUGUUCCACCUGCAGCGCGGUGACCGGGACACCACCAUCACCAGGCGCUUCACUCCAGAGCGAGUCACCAUAACAAUGCAAGUAGAUGACAUCAUCUGCACCAAAGUCUACAAAUCAGUGUAAGGGACGAGGACUCAUCUCCUGAGGAGCCCCAAAUUUGUACUCCUUGAAUGCUGCCUUCUGCUGUUCAGAGAUGAACAGAGUCUUCUAAGACACACCAGAAACUGGCUGCAUGUCAUCUGGC